UCCGGGAGCAUGUCAUCAGCAUCGAAGAUUCGUUUGUGAACAGCCAGGAAUGGACACUGAGUCGCUCUGUACCAGAGCUCAAAGUGGGUAUUGUGGGCAAUCUGUCCAGUGGGAAGUCUGCCCUGGUGCAUCGCUAUCUGACUGGAACAUAUGUGCAGGAGGAGUCGCCUGAAGGUGGUCGGUUUAAGAAGGAGAUUGUGGUGGACGGCCAGAGCUACUUGCUGCUUAUUCGGGAUGAAGGUGGCCCCCCCGAGGUCCAGUUUGCGGCCUGGGUGGAUGCAGUGGUCUUUGUCUUCAGCUUGGAGGACGAGAUCAGCUUUCAGACGGUUUACAAUUACUACAUGCGGCUCUCCAGCUACCGCAACACAGCCGAGAUCCCCAUGGUCCUGGUCGGGACCCAAGACGCCAUCAAUGCAACAAAUCCUCGUGUCAUAGACGAUUCUCGUGCCAGGAAACUGUCCAAUGAUUUGAAGAGAUGUACUUACUAUGAGACCUGCGCCACCUACGGCCUGAAUGUGGAGCGAGUCUUCCAGGAUGUGGCUCAGAAGAUUGUGGCUCUACGGAAGAAGCAGCAGUUAUCGAUCGGUCCCUGCAAGUCACUGCCCAACUCUCCUAGUCAUUCCUCUGUUCCUAACGCCUCCAUUCCAUCUGUACAUCUCAACCAGGCUGCUAAUGGCGGAGCUUUCAGUGACUACUCCUCGUCAGUGCCGUCCACACCCAGCAUAAGCCAGAAAGAGCUGCGGAUCGACACCAUCACCGCCUCCAGCACCCCCACCCCAGUCCGCAAACAGUCCAAGAGGCGCUCCAACAUAUUCACAUCUCGGAAAGGUAGUGACUCUGAUAAAGACAAGAAGAGUUUAGAGGGUAAAACAGACAACAUCGGAAGUGGACGCGCCAUCCCCAUUAAACAGGGCAUUCUCCUGAAGCGCAGCGGAAAGUCCCUCAACAAGGAAUGGAAGAAGAAAUAUGUCACACUUUGCGACAACGGAGUCCUGACCUACCACCCCAGUUUACACGAUUACAUGCAGAACGUGCACGGUAAAGAGAUCGACCUGCUGAGAACAACAGUCAAGGUCCCGGGCAAGAGGCCCCCGAGAGCCACUGUAGUCAACGCUCCGACUGCCAGCCCCAAAACCAACGGCCUGACCAAGGACAGGAGCAAUUUACAGCUCUCUGGCAACCAGGAAGUCGAGGAGUCAUACGAGUUUGUGAUUGUGUCUCUGACGGGACAGACAUGGCACUUUGAGGCCUCCAACCCCGAGGAGAGGGAGACCUGGGUACAGGCCGUGGAGAGCCAGAUCUUCGCCAGCCUCCAGUCCUGUGAGAGCAGCAAAAACAAGUCCCGGCUGGGCAGUCAGAGCGAUGCCAUCGCCAUCCAAUCCAUCCGCAACGUACGAGGGAACGCCUUCUGUGUGGACUGCGACUCGCCCAACCCCGACUGGGCAAGUUUAAACCUCGGAGCCCUGAUCUGUAUAGAAUGUUCUGGAAUUCACCGAAACCUGGGCACACACCUGUCGAGGGUGCGCUCGCUGGACCUGGAUGACUGGCCUGUAGAGCUCAUCAUGGUGAUGACGGCCAUCGGCAACUCCGUCGCCAAUAGCGUGUGGGAGGACUCGGUGCAGGGCCUGGUCAAGCCCGGCCAGGACCACUGCAGGUAG